GACUCGGGUAAAAGGGGAGCCUCUCCUGUGUGUGUGUUUACAUCAACGCGUUCACGCGCAGCUGCUGCGCCUAUGCUAAUGCUAAUGCUAACGGCUCGGUUUAUGUUUCGUUUUCAUUUUGGCGAAAACGUCGACGCACAGCAACGUUAAACAGUAACAGGAGGCUUUUGUGAUUAGCAGAGAAGGAAGUGCGACAAACGUAUUGUGUGUGUGUGUGUGUGUGUGUGUGUGUGUGUGUGUGUGUGUGUGUGUGUGUGUGUGUGUAACAGUGUGUAUAAUCGGCGUCAUGGAGGAGCUAGCGGUGGAAGUCAGAGGCGCAAACGGGGCUUUUUACAAGGCUUCCGUGAAGGAUGUGCAAGAGAACACGGUCACUGUGACAUUUGAAAACAAUUGGCAGCCAGAGCGACAGAUCCCUUUUAGUGACAUGCGGUUUCCUCCUCCUGCUGGGGUUCAGAAAGAGAUCACUGAGAGUGAUGAGGUUGAGGUGUACUCCAGGGCUAACGACAAGGAACCGUGCGGCUGGUGGCUCGCCAAAGUGCGCAUGGUAAAAGGGGAGUUUUACGUCAUCGAGUACGCCGCCUGUGAUGCCACGCUCAACGAGAUUGUCACGUUAGAGAGGCUGCGGCCCGUGAACCCAAACAAAGCCACCACAAAGAGCUCCUUCCUGAAAAUCCGACUGGACGUUCCUGAAGACCUGCGACAGAUCUGCGCAAAAGACUCGGCUCACAAAGAUUUCAAAAAAGCCGUGGGUGCGUUCAACGUCACGUAUGACUCCGAUAAGAAGCAGCUGGUCAUUCUGUCAGUCAACGAGGUGACCACCAAACGAGCGACCAUGCUGACGGACAUGCACUUCAGGAGCCUUCGCACCAAAAUGUCCCUCAUGCAAAGGAACGAAGAGGCCAGUAGGCAGCUGGAGAGCUCUCGACAGUUAGCGUCAAGGUUCCACGAGCAGUUUGUGGUGCGCGACGAUCUGAUGGGUCUGGCUAUUGGCACACACGGAGCCAACAUCCAACAGGCCCGCAAAGUUCCCGGGGUCACCAACAUCGACCUCGACGAGGAAACGUGCACCUUUCACAUCUACGGAGAGGACCAGGAUGCCGUGCGCAAAGCCAGAAGCUACCUGGAGUUUUCCGAGGAUGUUAUUAGGGUGCCUAGGAAUUUAGUAGGAAAAGUCAUCGGGAAGAGCGGGAAGCUGAUUCAGGAGGUCGUGGAUAAAUCCGGAGUGGUCCGAGUGAGAGUGGAACCAGAAAACGAGAAGAAACAGUCUCCAUUGGAGGAGGGCAUGGUGCCAUUCGUGUUCGUCGGGACAAAAGAAAGCAUCUCAAACGCACGCCUACUGCUCGACUACCAUCUCAACUAUCUCAAGGAGGUGGAUCAGUUGCGGAUGGAGAGGCUGCAGAUUGACGAGCAGCUACGUCAAAUCGGCGGCGGCGGCGGCCCCAGAGCUCCGUCAGGUCGACCAGAGAAGGAAAAACCGUUCAGCUCUGAUAACGGCAUGGGGCAUCCCCGAGGGGGCAAACCUUUCGGGCGUGGGGGGCGAGGAAGACGAGGGCCUACGUUUGCAUCAGGCACCAAUUCGGAAGCGUCCAACGCAUCCGAGACUGAAUCAGACCACAGGGAUGAGCUGAGCGACUGGUCUCUGGCUCCCACCGAUGAAGAGUCUAUGGGUUACCCCAAACGAGUCCCAGACGGACGAAAGAGGGGUAGCGGUGGCGGCCGGGGCCGAGGGGGACGGGGAAGAGGAGGAGGAGGAGGUUACAAAGGAGAGGACGUGCACUGGAGCGAGUCUCGUCCCCGGAACUCCAAGCCGAGGCUGCAGGAGGAUUCACUACAGAUUCGCGUCGACAGCAAUAACGAGAGGAGCGUCCUCGCCAGCCGAGGCCCUCAGGGGCCCAGCGGAGACUCUACCGGCACCCGACAGAGGAGCGUCAAGGAGCGAGGGAUAAAGAAAGAGAAGCAGGAAGGACAAGACAGCCAGGUCGUCAUGAACGGCGUGUCGUAAUUGAAAAUCCCUCACCCUCACCCCACCCUCCGUGUCUAAUCUCCCAAACAACUUCACCGUUCCAGAAGCUUCUUUCAUUAGAGACACAUUAGGCCAAAGAGAACCAGGUCAGUAGGGCUUAAGAAAAACAAACAAACAAAAAAAAAAAACCCCACAACUAAAACAUGACAUCAAGCACAUUUUGUAACCGCUAAGGGGGAACUAAACAAAGACGUCUCUGCUGUCUCUGAAUUUUGUAGUCUGCAUUGAUUAGAGGUGUCGGUCUCUGAAUCGAAAGUUUUGUAAUCGACUUUCUAGGCAACUAACAAAGCUCUGGGUGUAUUAAAAAAAAAGUGUGUGUGUGUUUGGUUUUUGUUCACAUCAGGGGGACAUCGGAUUUGAUUAAAAUACCUGUGCCAUCUCUCGUGGCAGUUUUUUUUCUUCUCCCCAUCUACUGUUUGGUGUCUUGUUAUUAUAGAGCCCAUCAUAAUGUGAGGUUCCAGCCACACUGCUUACAAAAAAAUAAAUAAAAAAAAUAAAUAAAAAAUAGACAAAGUAGACAUACUCCUAGAUGAUCUGUGCCUUUAACUAGUGGGAUAGUUUCUGAAUUUGGAUAUUUAAAUCAGGGAAGACGACAUGGAUUCUGCUUAAUCUUAGCCAGUCAGUGAAAAUAAACCAUGGUGCAUGUACAGUACUUCACAUGUGAUGUUUUUGGUACAUCUAAAGGGCAACUCUUCAACUUUUUUCUUUUUCCUACCCCCAUUCAGAUCAUGUAACCGUGAGCUCGUCCCAGGUGACGAAGUAAUCAGUCGACCACUUGAUGCGAUUAUAUGGAUAUAUUUGUUUGUAAGGUAUUUCGAUGAAUUUAAAUGAGACCCGUUAGCUUUUUAGCGAACCAUCCUUAGCUGCAGUAGUCGUCUUGUUUUCCAAAUUUUGUACAAAUUCUUUUUUUUUUUUCUUUUUUUUUUUUUUUAAAGUUUUUUUUGACUUCCUAGUAUCUGCAGUCCAAUCUUUCAAAGCGAUGCUCACAGGGAGUAGGUGAAAUCCAUCCUAAGCCACGUCCUGUCGCCCCUUCGUGUGUUUACUCUACGUUCAUGUUCAGGUGUAAAAAGCACUGAUAUCAGAUAUUGCUGUAAAAGCUUCAUUUUCAGUAACAGCGUAUUGUACAUGACAUGCUCGCUGUUCUUUUGAAGUUACGACCCAACCUAUCAAGCACGCGCUUGCGUUUCACAUCCGUGCGAUCACGCGUAUUUAAAGAUUACGCGCUCGGAACGUAAGGGGCGAAAAAAAAAUCGCGUGUACGCUCUUAUCGUAACGUCAUCACAAACUUUCUCAUUUUUACUCUGCUGUACUUUUUGCUUAGGGAGGGAAGAUGAAGGAGAUGUGACAUGGAGUUUGAUAUGAAGCUGUGUUACCUGAUCCGUGCUUGUGCUUUUUUUUUUUUUUUUUUUCUCUCUCUCUCUCUUUUUAGUUUACAAGUUUAGAGGUUUAGAAGAGUGUUCCACACCCAGACCCCCCCCCUCCCCCCUUUCUUUUUAGGUUUGUUUCUUUUUCUUUCUUUUUUUUUUUAAACCUACUGUGACGCUAACCCCUAAUAGUCCCUUUCUCCUCUCUGUACAGCUGUAACAGUAACCGUUCGUUAAUACCUGCUAUUUCCUGCUAGAACUAUCUUUACCCAUGACGUUAAGUCAGACCUACACGUUGCAGCUUCAACCAUAAUCUCAACCUGAUUUUGCCUGAAUCUCAACAUCCUGCGACAGAUGAGACUAAAGCACUGAAAAUCGAGCUGUUUAUACAACUUGUCCGGCACAAAUGGGUGAGAUUUUAGCGAGACUGGAAACGGUAUGAACUAAGAGAUGCAGCUCUCACUCUUAGAUAUCCAGUACUGUCUGCUGUUUUCUCUUAUUUAACACACCUACUAUGAUCCUGAUCAUAAAUCUACUGCACCGUUAUAUUACUAGAUACAGGUGUUUAACAUCAGAAAGGAACUUUUCCUUCUCGCUGCAGCGGCGACGCCGUCAAGGCCACUUCAUCGUCCGCACCGUUUUAUUUCCACCUGGAAGCAUAAACAUCAUGUACCUUUUUAAAGAUAAUUUAAAGCUACAUAACUGGAUCUUGCAGACGGACAAUGUACACUGUAUUCACCGUGUGCACUUCCCCGGGUAAAACUACAUACACAAGUCCAAACGCUCUAGGCUUAAGGGAAAGGGCCCUUCUUUGGGCAUGACGUGUGUCAGUAGACUAACUGUGUACAAUCUUUAUAGUGUAACAAAAUAUGUGAAACCCUGACAUGGCAAAGUUGUUAUUUUAGCACACCUCGAUCUAGUCUUUAUAUAACAGCCAGGUUUAGAUCGCUUCUCUAACGCACUUACGAAACAGCUUAAAGUUAGCUGUUGAAGACACACUUUUUUUUUUUUUUUUAAACAUGGCAAUUAAUGUUCUUACUACUACUACUAGUAAUUCACCUUUUGAAUGUACAUUGAAAUAUUAUUUGAUUAUUAUUAUUAUUAUUAUUAUUAUUAUCGUAAAACUGGUAUUAUUAUUAUUACUAUUAAAUGUAAUAUAAAUAUUAAAGCUGUAAGAUAGAAUCACUUUUUUCUUUUGUUUGUAUUAUGACAGCUUCAUCUCAUAAUUUAUUAUUAGUAGUAGUAGAAGUAGUAGUCGUGAUAACAUUUAUAUUAAUAAUAAAUAAAAGUAGGUGUAGUUGAAAUAGUUCAUAUUAACGGUAAUAUAUUAGUCAUAGUAGUGUAAUUAACUCGAGCAGUAGGUGUGUUAAACAGGGAACUCGCCCACUUUCGCCGGACAGAUCGCCAUCAAGGACUUUUCUGCUCAGUCUCUUUACGCCGCAAAACUCAUACAAGGCUCAAUUUGUGACGGUCUGUUAACGCGAAGCUUAAAAUAAUAUGAAAAAUCUUAAUCUUUCCAAACAGACUGUUUCCUAGUUAUUUAUUUUCAAGAUCGUGUAUGAGUUUACAAAUACACCAAAUUUUUUAGAAACUUUCAUCUCUGGCUCAUGUUGUAGGCUGUUGUGAAAAAUAAAUUGAAAUGGAAAAAAAAAUAAAGAUAGAAUCAAACAGACAGGAAAGAAAAAAAAAACUGUAGAUACUGAACCAAGGUAGAUUGACCUUGUAUGUUACUGCACUUUGGGUAAGAAUUUCUUUGUACAUAAAUAGCAAGACAGACUGGGUUUUAUGUUGACUUUGUUUGGUUAUAGUGCAAUAUAUUUUGUAUGCAAGCAGUUUCAAUAAAUAAAGGUUGAUCUUCCUCUGCAAA